CUCGCGGGAGUCGCGGCCGGCGCGGGGUCGGGCGCAGCACGUGGGCGCGGAGCGGAGCGAGCCCGGCGGAACGCGGCAUGGAGGCACGGGUGGUGCUGGUGGCGCUGCACGCGCUGCUGGCCGCAGCGUGCGCGGCGGCGGCGGCGGCGGCGGCGGGCGGGCUCGGCCGCGACGUGCUGCACAACGAGGUGCUCCACAAGGGCGGCGGCGGGGCGCCGGUCCCGGCCACGGCGCCGCUGCUGCUGCGCGGCAGCCCCGAGAAGGAGGGCGGCGGAGCGGCCUCCGGGGACGACUUGAGCGAGCUGCCGAGAGUUGCUUUCUUGUCAAAGCCUCAAGGUCUGGUUACUCCCAAGAAAAAAGGGAACGGGAAUAAAAGAAGAAAGGGAAAAGGCCUGGGGAAGAAGAGAGACCCAUGUCUGCGAAAGUACAAGGACUUCUGCAUUCACGGUGAAUGCAAGUACAUCAAAGAGCUUGGCGCUCCAUCCUGCAUAUGCCAGCCAGGAUAUCAUGGUGAGAGAUGUCAUGGCCUCUCACUCCCCGUGGAGCAUCCCCCCAGCACAUAUGACCACACCACUGCACUGGCUGUUGUUGCUGUGGUCCUAUCCUCCUUGUGUCUCAUCAUCAUUGCAGCUCUGCUGAUGCUGAGGUGCCACAAAAGGGGUGUCUAUGAUGUAGAAAAUGAAGAGAAAAUCAAGCUGGGCAUCACUGUGAACCACUGAGGAUGCCGGGCGCUGGCAAGGAGUCGGCACUAAAGCAGUUCUACCUCCUGGAAGACACAAACCACGGAGCCAGCACAAUCCCUGGGACCUCCGCAGCACAUCAGGGGCUUACUGGAAUGGCAGGACAGCACCUGGUUUGCAGCUUUGGUCAGGCAGUGGUGUCACUGCAGCAAGCUCAGCGGCAGGAUGAAAGAGGCACAGGAGAGACCCUCUCUGCGGGGUAGGCUUUCCUGCUGUGCUGCGGAGCUGGCCAGGCUGGCUUUGCGGACAGGCAGGAGGGACCUACUGGCCAUCGGCAGAGGGGUUACCCAGCAGCUCAGGGCUGCCCACUGCAGCGCACAACGAGGAACAAACUGUGAAAGGCUGAAGAGGUUGGGCCGGGGGCUUUCUUAGGUGCAGGAGGGGAGGGGGGUAACAGCUAUUUAACAAGAUAUUUUUCAUUUUUAAAUUAUAUAUUUAUUUUAGAUAAACUGUACAUAGUAUUUAUAUUUAUUAGAGGUCUGGCCCUGCAACCUUUAUGUAGGACAAGACAACAAGGUCAGACCUCCCUUAUUUUUAAGUGCAAUGUAAUAUUCUAAUAAAUAACACUUUGUAACAAA